GCUACUCUCUCAUUCCUCUCCCAACUCAAACGCUCCCUCCUCCACACAAAUCUUCUUCCUCCCUUCCCCUCCGACAAUUUGAUGGAGCUGGCCCUCAGCUUAGGCGACAGCUCGAAGCCCUUCACGGCAUCGUUUAUUGAUAAGGCCCCGUCGACGUCGACGUCGAAGGCCAAGGACUUGGAGUUCCGGGUGGGGCUCGGAAUCAAUGCCGGCGAGGGUAGGGGCAAAGAUGUCAUCCGAGGGGGAGCCGACUCCGACGCCGUCCCCCUUCAGCUCGACCUCCUUCCCUUCACCCCAGUCCCUCACAGCAAGCCGCUCCAGCAGUUCCGCUUCCCGUGGCUCGCCGAGACUCUCGGGUCGGCUGAGCCGGACUCGUCAGCCGGCGAACACUCCCGUGGCCUUGACGUGAACCGGUUCCCGGCGUUCGCGGAGGAGACGGAUGACGGCGGGGCUCACUCGUCCCCGAACAGCGCGGUCUCGUCGUUCCAUAUGGAGUUCGGGAUCAGCAGCGGGUCGGGAGGGAGGGGCAACAAGAGAGAUUUGGAGGCCGAUGCCGAGAGGGACGGCUCGAGGGGAAGCGACGACGACGAGAACGGGCUGACCCGGAAGAAGCUCCGGCUGUCCAAAGAGCAGUCCGCCUUCCUCGAGGAAAGCUUCAAGGAACAUAGCACCCUUAAUCCCAAGCAGAAGUUGGCUCUGGCGAAGCAACUCAACCUCCGGCCCCGGCAAGUGGAAGUUUGGUUUCAAAACAGAAGAGCGAGGACGAAGUUGAAGCAAACGGAGAUAGAUUGCGAGUACCUGAAGCGGUGCUGCGAGACCUUAACAGAGGAGAAUCGGAGGCUGCAGAAGGAGCUGCAGGAGCUGAGAGCUCUCAAGACGUCUCAGCCCUUCUACAUGCAGCUCCCGGCCACCACCCUCACGAUGUGCCCAUCUUGCGAGCGCGUCGCCACCUCCUCCUCAUCGGCCGCCGCCGCCGCGUCCGCCUCCUCGGCCGCCGCCAACUCAGCCACCACUCUGCCGCUGCUGGCCAAACCUAGAGUAUACCCGUUCCCUCAGGCCCAGGCCCAAGCCCAUAAGGCUGCUUCGUGAGAUCAACGUGGGGCCCCUCACGCGUCAUCAUGAUGUCAGCUUGUACAUAACCAUGGGCUAUGGCUUCGGCUUUGGAAUGUUUAUUUAUUUAGGCCUUUUUUUUGUUUAAUUAAUUUAUUGGGUUUGUCUCUCCUGGUGGAAUUUUCCUUUUUGUUUUUUGGUGGGGAAAGGAUUUUAGGAAAAUUAGAGAAGAAAAUAGGAAAAGAAGAAAAACAGGAGGAAGAUUUUGGUUAAUCAGGCGGAACGAAAUCCUGUUCUAUUUUGUAGGAUUUUCGUGCUAUAUAUAUGGUUUUUGUUUUCCCUCUUCGAGAUCUGUGAUCGAUUUUGUAAAGGGGUUAAUGCGUGUCGAUAUGGUACAUACUCAUUUAGUCCUUUUUAACUAGUGUCAGCGAUAAUUGUGUGAUGUUUACCUA